UUAUUCGACUUAUAACAAUAAAAAAUUAUUAGACAUAGAACAAUAAAAAAUGUAAUUGAAAAAUUACCACAUGUUCUACGGCACAUUUCAUCAUCAACUGGCGAUGAGUGAUUUAUACUGCUUAGUAGUGUUUGUCUAUGUUUGUGUCAUAGCAACAAAACAUUCAGUUAUACUUUAUAUUAUUUAAAUUUUUUGAAAUAUAUAAUAUAAACAUAUUAAAACGUCAGGCUAAAUUUAGAAAGUUUACAAAAAAAGAUUUUCGGAAAUAUAAUGAUUAACUGUGUUCCAUUAUUCAUAUUAACUCCGUGUUUAAAAUUAUUCUGUUUUCUAGUGCCUUGUGUAACUUUAUUAAGCGUGUUAGGCGUUUACACGGGUGGCUUAUUUUCACAUUUCACUAAUAUUUCGUAUAUAACAUUGAAUACAUUAGUCAAUAAUACUUCUUUGUGAUGAAAUGGAACAAAAUGGGGUUUGUCGUUGUCUUGGUUACAUAAACAAAAUAAUUGCGUUUGGAAAGUAUGAUGACUGACGAAGAAAAAUCGAAAAUAACUAAACUUCUACAGGGAAUAGAUGUGCCCGACAUUAAAUUAUCAGAAAGAUGUUCAGAUUUAGUUAAAGAAAUUCAUGACAAGUAUAAGGAGUUGGACGAUGAAUCAACGGAAAUUCAAAAGGAGCUCAAUGAUAAUCCAUAUAAAGUUGAUCGAAAACUAGUCGAUGAAAUUGAUAGAAAACUACAUGAAUUAAUGUACGAAAACAAACGAUUAAAAAAAGAUCAUUUUGAACUUGUCGUAUUGACUGGUUCCGAUCCGAAGAGACCCUGGCGAACCUAUUCAAAUAAAGAAAAACUUUUUCGCAUUGACAGUCAGCUCAAAAGACACUAUGAGAAGGCUACACAGAUGAUUACUCCGUUAGCUGAAAGCGAUAUGAAAGAUUUAGUAAAUGAAUGUCAGAAAGAAACCGACACAACAGCUUUAAUUACAGUCGAACGUGUGCGUGAUACAGUAGAUGCAGCGAAGAAAACUUUACCUAAUUUUCAGUACAGAAAAGUUAACAAUAAUACAGCCACUGCUAUUUUAGCUAUUGCUCAUGAUAUAAUUGACACAAAACCUGUUAAUUGCUCUGAUUUCUUGAAAACAGAGGACAACUAA